UCCCGCCAUUGCCGGGGCAUGGAGGGCGAGAGCACCUCGGCCCUGCUCUCGGGCUUCGUCUUCGGCGCGCUCGCCUUCCAGCACCUCAGCACCGACUCGGACACGGAAGGUUUUCUCCUUGGAGAUGUGAAAGGUGAAGCCAAGAACAGCAUUACUGACUCACAAAUGGAUGAUGUUGAAGUUGUUUAUACAAUAGAUAUACAGAAGCAUAUUCCCUGCUACCAGCUGUUCAGCUUUUAUAAUUCUGCAGGAGAACUGAAUGAACUUGCCCUGAAGAAAAUACUAUCAGGCUGUAAGAAGAGUGUAAUAGGAUGGUACAAAUUCAGACGCAACACAGACCAGACCAUGACAUUCCGGGAGAGACUCCUCCAUAAGAACCUGCAGACACACCUAUCAAAUCAGGGUCUUGUAUUCCUUCUGUUAACCUCUAGUGUGAUGACAGAAAGUUGUUCUACUUACAGACUGGAACAUGCUUUACAUCGGCCACAGGAAGGUCUUUUCCAGAAAGUCCCUUUGGUGGUUACCAAUCUGGGUAUGGCAGAACAGCAAGGCUACAGAACAGUGUCUGGCUCCUGCGUAUCUUCUGGCUUUGUGAGAGCAGUAAGACAACACAGGUCAGAGUUCUUUCAUGAGGAUGGAUCCUUGCAAGAGGUUCAUAAGAUAAAUGAGAUGUAUGCCACUUUGCAGGAGGAACUCAAGAAAAUAUGCUUUACAGUAGAAGUCAGUGAACGAUCUGUAGAGAAACUUUUAGCAGAGGUGAGGCAAUUAAAAGAAGAGAUAAAGAGGAAAAAGCAACAAGGUUGUUCAGGAGAAGACAGAAACUACACAGGAGAGCCAAAGGAGAAUGUUCUCCUUUGUCAGGCACUGCAAACAUUUUUCCCCAAUUCUGGACUUCAGACAUGUAUUGUUUCCUUCAAAGGCCAACAGAUAUCCAAGAACUGCUGUAACAUUAACCAUAAUAUUAAUGUCACGGACAAACUGACUCUCAUGGUAGAGGAAAGAGACUUCACUGAAGCUGAAACAAGACAUCUAACCAAGCGUAAAGUCAGAGGGACCACAACAGUAUCAAAGUCAUUCAAGAAAUCCAGAUCAUUGCAGCUUCACCGAGAAUCACUUGCAGACCCAGAGGACAGUGACCAGGACAGGAAGCUUACACUGAGCAGCACUGAAUCAGACGAGGAUGUGUUGGAAAAAAAUAGAGACACAAAUGAAUACCCACACUCUCCUACUUUCUGAUCUGUUAAUGAUUUGUCAGAUGACUUCACACCAAAAGCUACUGCCAGCAUAUUCAAGUGAUGUGUCAAUUUUUAGCACUGCAGGGAUGUAUAUAACUUAAUCCAUUUUUGCAAAACAUACAGGGUUUGUUUGGGGUUUCUGUCCAGUGCAUGAAUCCUGUUCAGCAUAACAAUGUCCAGAUGACAUUCCCUCAUUUUGCCUUCCAGAGUUCCAUCUGUAGUCUCUCUCUCAGGGUUUAAAGACUAUGCCAGCAGUCAGAUAAGCACAUACUGCCUCAAACUAAUACAACUUCAAGCUGCUGUUGAAGAAGCAGUACUAUCCUUUUCUCAGCAGAAGCUGAUGCAGGCAGCACCAAAUGAACACAGAUAACUUAGAAUCAGCAGUCUACUUGAACUGCCACAUUUUAAAUACUUUUAAUUUAUCCUUAGGAAACCAGUACUUGUUCAUUUCCCCCAUCUUAAAAUCCAGAGAGGAUAAAAAACAGCCACCUAAAGUUUAACGAGACCUGUGAGCUCAGAAAGGGGUCCAGAAAGCUGCCAGUUUCUCUUACUGCCUUAAUAUUUCAUACUUCCUUCAGAAAAUAAAUUUUAGAUACUUCAUAAAAUUAAUAAAAAUCCAACUGACAUCCACCUCUCAGUCAACCACGCACUAUGCUAGAAAACCACAUUUCCAGUAAGCAAGUAUAUGAACAUGAAACACAGUUUUAUUGUUUAUUUCUUUACAGCAUUUUACUCUGGAUACUUGAUAUUACAUAUCUUGGGGUCUGUGAGAAAUUGUGGGUUCUUAAGCACAACUGGCAUAAAUCCUGUAAAAAGAUAAGAUGGAGGUAUUCUUAAUAGAAAAGUAAGCUUGCCUUAGAAAACUCGGAAGCAUAAUCGUACUUACCAAGUACUUGAGCUCUUCUAAUGGCUUUUGUAACUUCCCUCUGCUUCUUGUGGCACAAGCCUAAGGAGAUGAAUUAUUUUCAACACUAAACAAGCCAUUAGUCUAAAGGGUGAAAGGGAUAUUACUGAUAAUUCCCUCUAUCUUUGUCUAGUCUUCCUAGAAAAAUGCACAUGUGCUUUUACUGUUACAUACAAAAUGCAUAUAACUAAGGGAUAUUUUUAUUCCUUGAUGCAGGCUACUAAGUCAGAGGAAUACUCUUACAAAACAUAUAGAGUUGGUAGCAGUUACUUUUGGAAAGAUUGCUGAUGCGCAGUUACUUAGAAGAACAUGAAUAUUAACCAGUAAAUUUUUAAUUUAAUACUUCACAUACCUGUUAUAUGUCUGCCAUAAAUGCAGCCAGUAUAAGGAGAAACAAACUGGGAAAGAAGCUACUUAAAAAUAA